GGGGGCCGCGCCGCGCUGCCCGGGGGCCCCUGGAAUGGCCGCUCCGUCGGAGCGUCGUAGCAGAACGUAGCAGAGGGGAUGCUUUGGCUGCUCUGAAACACUGAAUGUGCUGGGUCAGUGAACUGUUACUCCAGGAAGCGGAGCUGAGAGGACAUCAUUGAAAUGGCAAGCAGGAAUGCAACACCUUACCAAAAGUCUCUCCUCUAGGGAAGCAUGCACAUAUUCAACUGCAAGAAAGCAAAAUUUGGGAUUCUUCAUGCUGCUGACUGUAACCUUGUCCAGGUUUUUCAGUGCUUGCUGAAAAAGACUUCUGUUCUUCUAUACCUUUAAAAGGGACUACAAGACUAUCCUCCUCAGCAAGAUUUAAGAUUUUCCUGGACACUUUCCGCCUGCCUUGUCAAGAUGAUUGACCUAAGCUUCCUAACAGAGGAAGAGCAAGAGGCAAUACUGAAGGUGUUGCAACGGGAUGCAGAGCUUAAAAGAGCUGAAGAAGAGAGAGUCAGGCAUUUACCAGAAAAAAUCAAAGAUGAUGUCCAGUUAAAGAAUAUGAGUGGACAGUGGUUUUAUGAAGCAAAGUCAAAGAGGCACAGAGAUAAGAUACAUGGAGCAGAUAUUAUCAGAGCUUCCAUGCGAAGGAAGCCUGCCAUGCUUGCUGAAGUGAAUCAGAAUAAAUCAAACAAAGCAAAGAACAGCUGGGUGAGCAAUGUCAAUAAAGAAGUCUUCAUACCACCAAAACUAUGUGGUGUUGCGGAACAUCAAGAAGAAGAAGAAGUAAAAUCUAGUUCAAGUUCUAAAACAAUAACCUCUGUGUUAGACAAACCACAGGGACAAUCUGGGAAGGCACCAGUCUCACCAGUAAAGCAAAGGAGAAAUCCAUUUAAUUCCACUUCAUCAGGUGAGAACCCAAACAAUGGGGAAUCAGAAAAUGGACCAGUUAGUCUACCUCAGCUAUCAAAGAAGGAAAUUUUGUCCCCUUCAAAAGAGAACCAACCUAAACCAAACUUGCUAAACAACGAAACAGAGAAGCCUAAGUCUUCUGUAGAACCUACUAAUCAAUCACAGAGAAGUCUAGUUAAGCCUCCUGUCCCAAAAGCUAGAAAAUUAUUUCAGAAAGCAACAGAUCCAGUGUCACAAAAAGAAGACAUUGUUCCAAAACCGCCUAAAAGGACUGACAGGGUUAAUGGCAUUGGUACACCACCUAGGGGCAUUCUGAAGCGCAGUUCAAGUUCAAGUUCCACCGAUUCUGAAGUUCUUCGUGUUAAUCAGAUGCUUGAUUCUCAGACUAAGAGUGGUCUUCCUACUUCAACUAUUUUUGAAGGAGAAGCUGAAAAAAACUCCCCUAUGGAAGAAGCAGAAGAUUCCUCACAAAUUUCAGUGGAAAAACUAAAACAAGUCAGGUUCUCUUCAAGCAUAGGUAAAGGAGAGCCUCCACAAAGCCCACAGCUGCAUCAUGGAAGAGAAAUAGGGGAGUUUCAGUUGUUAGAAUCUGAUGAAAUUAAGAGUAGUGAAAAUGAUGAUAUUAGGUCAGAUUCACUUGGGAAUAAACAAAUUUCUGCUGUAAAGCCUUUGGGCACCUAUUCAUCAGCUUUACAAGCAAAUGAAAUAGAUCAUUUACAAAAAGAUACAUCGACAUCCAGUCCUUCUGAUACUAAUAGGUCAGUCUUUCUGGCUAGUGAAACCUUGCAGACAAAGACAAUUCCUUCUAAGAAACUUGAAACUCCAAGGAAGCCCUCCACCACUGUGCUGCCAAAUAAUAAUAAAGAACUGAUUGUCAAUGAGACACUUGAAAACAAAUCAAACCAAUUCUUGAGCCAUCAAGCAAAGUCACUAAAAAACUUACCCGAGCAACAUUUGCUUUCUGCUAAGUCAGAAGCACGUGAAGUGUCAAAUACCAAUUCUACAGGUCUUCAACAAGGUUCAGAAGAAGAAUUAAACCCUGUUUUGAUGGCUUUGAAAAGGAGUGCAGAUAGGAAAAUGCCUUCCAAAAGUCUAGAGGACAUUCCAUCAGCCACCUCAAAUAAAGGAAAAAUAAAUAUUCCAAAGGAAGAAUUAGCUCUUAGUGCUGAAGAUGAUUUGAAACCUGAUCAGCAUCAAGAGAGGAGUGAAAAUGCAGCAGGAAUUUCCACAGUGCCUUCACAGCCCGAUAAGCUGUUUUCGAAUCCUGAAAAACUCAAAGGACUGAGCAAGUCAGUCCCAUCAUUCCUACAGGAAGAGAGUGAUGACAGAGAGACAGAUACGGCAUCAGAAAGCAGUUACUCCUUUGGCAGAAUCAAGAAGAGUCCCAGCUCUCUAACCAAUCUUAGCGGCUCUUCUGGCAUGGCCUCCUUAUCCUCUGUGAGCGGAAGUCUAAUGAGCAUCUACAGUGGAGAUUUUGGCAAUGUUGAUGUGAAGGGAAACAUUCAGUUUGCUAUUGAUUAUGUAGAACAGCUGAAUGAGCUCCACAUUUUUAUUUGCCAGUGUAAAGACUUGGCAGUGGCAGAUGUUAAGCAACAGCGUUCAGACCCGUAUGUAAAGACUUACCUGCUUCCAGAAAAAUACAGGCUGGGCAAACGGAAGACCUCUGUGAAAAAGAAAACUUUCAAUCCAGUCUAUAAUGAAAUACUGCGGUAUAAAAUUGAGAAGGCUGUCCUAAAGAACCAAAGGCUCAAUAUCUCUGUCUGGCACAAUGAUACCUUUGGGAGGAAUAGUUUCCUUGGUGAAGUGGAGCUAGAUUUAGGAACCUGGGACUGGAAUGAUAAAAUAAACAAACAAAUCAACUGGUUUCCACUUAAGCCAAGGGCUUCAACAAUGGCUCUUGAAUUAGAAAACAGAGGGGAGAUGAAACUAGCUCUCCAGUACGUCCCACAGCCUGUUGGAGGAAAGAGGAUUCCAUCCACCGGUGAGGUGCACAUCUGGCUGAAGGAGUGCCGUGACCUUCCUCUUCGGAGGGACAACAAGCUCAACUCUUUUAUUAAGUGUACCAUUCUUCCAGAUACUAGCAGGAAAAGUCGCCAGAAAACAAGAACAGUGUCAAAAACUACAAACCCAGUAUUCAACCACACCAUGGUCUACGAUGGCUUUAGACCGGAAGACUUGAAAGAAGCCUGUGUAGAACUCACGGUCUGGGAUCACAACAAGCUAGCCAACCACUUUUUAGGAGGUCUCAGGAUAGGUCUUGGAACAGGCAAAAGCUAUGGAACUACAGUAGAUUGGAUGGAUUCUACUUCAGCUGAAACUGCCCUGUGGGAGAAGAUGAUGAACUCACCCAACACAUGGAUAGAAGAUACACUACCUCUCAGGAUGCUAAUGGUUGCAAAAUUGACAAAAUAAAGCAGCUUUUUAAUUGCUAGUACCAAAAAGAAACCUUGGGAAUAAAAUUAAAGGGAGGAGGGAGAAACUUAACACAGUCAUUCUUUUGAUGAUGUCUGUUCUCUUGCUGUUCUGUUUUGUGCAUGUCACUUCAUGUUUCGAAUUAAACUGCUGCCUGCAAAUUAUUAUAUAAAUUUUGGGAGUUAUUUUAUUUUUUUUAUUUACUGAAAAUGAAUUUAAGAAAGAAUGCACUUACAGAAUUUGGUGGUAGAGGUAGCUGUGAUAUUUGGAUGCUUGUAUUGCCUAAAUGAAGCGCUUCUGAUUCCUUGAUCUAAAUUGCCAGCAAAAAAACAAAGGGCAACUCUUUCUGCACAUCACUAGGAUUGUGAGGUAUUAUUAGUAAGAUAGCAGAAGAUUGGGGGUUGGUCCAUGCUCAUUUGUGUGAGUGCACAGCUCUUCAAUGCUAUGUCAGAUCUCUCCAGUAUGAACUGCUGGAGAAUUCAUGAAAAAACAAACCAACCCACCUUUACCUGUAGUUUUACAUUUCUAAGAUGUGAAAGUACCUUCCAUGAUGAAAGAAGCAUUCUGUGAAGUGGUACUGUUGAGGUUGGGUGUAGAGGACUGUUAAUUCCAAUGACGAAUCAGAGUCAUAAAGAGUCUGAUUACGUAUGUAUUAAUCACUUUGCUAGUAUAUUAAUCUUACUCUUAAAUGCUGAAGACAUUGAGGUCAAACGUUUUGUUUAAAUGCUACUCCAAAGCAUCCAAAAAUGCCAGUUUUAAUGAUGACAAAUAUGAUGGCUAUUUAUCUCAUAAAACAUACUCAUUAUCUGUACCUGUAUCUGUACCUGUAUCUGUUGGCUUGUUUUUUGGGCAAGAAGUAAUUUAUCUGCUCUUCAGCGCCACCGUUAGGAGAUUGCUGGGAUUCUGGUAGUCCUGUUUUAGAUAGCUUUGUAGUAUAUGAAAUGGACUGGAAUUUGUCACCUGUAGAAAUGCAUGCCAGUAAUGAAAGCUUAAAUGCAUAAAAUACAA